CCCCGUCUACAGUUGCCGCACGCAUAACAUGACCCCAGCUGAAAGUUGACGCGUACGUAUCCGAUCGGUCUUGGUUUCCGAGUGGCGGUCCAUAUCUGGGGUCUUUUUCUUUUUGCCAAGGGGGCUUUUGUGCGUUCAGGGGAGAUCUCCCCGGGGAGGGGAAGGGGCUGGAUCUCAGCUCCCGGGAUGCCUACCUACCUACCUACCUACCGUAGUUCUCCUGUCGAUCGAGCAAUAUACCUGGAUCUAACCACAGUGACGGAAGGAUUUCAUGGGCCAAGCAACUUCAAAGGGGUUACACAGCAGAAGGGAGAAGAAGACUGCUAUCUUAUAUCCAUUAUCCAUUAUAUGAACACCCGGUGGCGAGCCCUAAUCGAUCACCUAGUGUGCACACCUACAUACCUAUAUAUAUAUAUACAGGAUAAUAAGAUACGAAAGAAGCAGAGAAAAAGAUAUAAUACAACCUCGACAGACCCUCCUUCCCGGGAAUAUCCAAUACGAUCUGAAAUCAAGCCGUCGAGUAAGAAGACGGGGGGAUGUCUCGUCGACUGGGCCGCGGUCAGGGAUAGCAUGUGGGAUAGAUUGCGGCUCGUUGUGAGCAAGUAUGUACCCGAAGAUUGCGUGCAUGGCGAUACUAUAUCCACGCCGCACAUGCCUAGCUUACCCCACGGCCGCGGAUUGGAUCUCUCUAUCUGUUCGAAACUUUUCGGUAUAGCCAGCCAGCCAGCCAGCCAGCCAUCUUGCAGCAGACUUUUUCGACGCAGCAAGAUACCUACAUACCUACAUAUGUAGUUGGGAGUAAGUAAGGGCAAUGCAAGUACCUAACCUAGGUACGUAGAGAGACUAUCUAAGAGAGAGGGUGACGGUAGUAUAGUAAUUAGGGGUUCCUGGCCUUUGCAUUUCGGUCAAUGCAAGCUGACAGAUUGGGCCCGUCCACCGCAUGUAUGUAAACCUAUCGACCUAGCAGCCAGCAAGUGAAGUUUCUUUUUUUUUUUUCGAUGACGCGAAAAGUUCACGAGAUAUUAUCGAGGCUUCGGGAUGAGACGGGCUUCAUUUCAAAAACGGGUUGAUUAGGUAGGUACAUACAUAGCUAGCUCGGCGUGCCUUUCACCCCCCCUUCUUUCUUCUUCCCCCAUAUUCUCCCCCAUCCCCAUCCCCAUCCCCGUAUCUCAACUACCGUAACGCGGAGGAUAAGAAUAGGCUACUGGGCCCGGGGCGCGUAGUGGGUGUAUGUACACCUAAGGCAGGUAGUGUGUGCCGCUAUUCAAUUUAGCAUAGGUACCACACGUCGAUCUAGAUCCCAAGCCAUGCAAGCCAAGGCAGAGAGAGAAGAGAGGAAGGCAGCUGGGAAAACCGUUUUCGAUGUAUGUAACUACCAGCCAACCCUAGUUUUACGUGCAGGAUCUACUCUUCUGGAUUACACGUACAGGGCGGGAUGAGGUUCCCUUACAUCCCUAGGUUAGGUACAUAGGUAUGAAAAUUAAAAAAAUUUAACGAAAAAAAAAAAAAAAAGUCUUGGCGCGACGACGAGGCUGCGAGGGACGAACCGUUGAUGUCAUAGGGCAUUGAUAAGGACGCGAUCGACGCACGGUAUUACUCAUACCUAGGCAUAAUUAUAUGUAUUGUACAUACAAUACACUAUAAGUUGGGCCGAUACUCAACUCUUGUGCUAUGCCGUGAAAAUCAUUGAUCUCAUAAGAGGCCCACGCGUUGUAUAAUUACGUACUCGUAGUUGAAGUUAACCCACGGCUUGUGGGUGACUAGGUAGUAAAGCCUUGCUAUUCGGAAAAUUAGCUAAUACCAAAGGAUAAUGGCGACAUGAUUGCCAAUCCUGUCAGUUGUGUGGGGAUGGCGUGUGUGGUAGUUAUGUACAUAGUUAUGGGGACUACACUAUGUACGCUUUGUCGUCUACCUAACCGUGAUGAUAAUAACCAAGACUUGCAAUGUAGUGUAGCGCAGGUACAUAACUAAGUCCCGAAGAUGGUUGUUCACAUAUUCAUGCUUGUCGUGGCGAACUUCCCCAGAGUUUGCUAGGGUUACUAAAGAACGAACGAACAUGAUGGAAGGGGAAAAAAAAAAAAGUCGUAGACCGAAAAAAAGGCAUGCGCGAAUUAAGUGUAGUUAGUUACUUUGUGAAAAGAAAAAGAUAAGGCCCGGAGGAGUGGCUUGCGCCGCAUCAACUUUCGAGUACCGGUAGUUUCGCUACUUCGUUCCGAACCAGGGGGUGGGGAGCCAGCCAGCCCCUUACCCCUUACCUGGG